AUGAAGGUUGCUACUGUUCUUGUCGGCCUUUUGGCAAUUGCAACUGCCAGUAGAGACAAGCGUUCUGUCGGUUAUUCGUUCAAGCUUGAGAGAGCCAGUUCCAUCUGGGAGAACAGUCCCUCGUUGGACGUUGGAAUCUUCUCGUACUUCCGAUCGUCCAUCCUGAACCUAAACACUCACGAAUACGCCCAAUCCCUGGUGACCGGCAAAAGCGAUGCCUCCAACAGCUCUCGUCUCGACAUCCGCCAAGGCAAAAACGGAAUCCAGAGCCUCUCCGCGGACAAUAUCUCCAAAAUGCGCGCCUACAGCAACCGCAACCGCGAAAACGUCACAUUCGACAUCCGCUACGAUGACACCACCACCGCUCUCCCUAACACCGGUGGCGUUGGUUUCCAAUUCGGCCCAGCCCAGAGCGACGAAUGGGGUUAG